UCUUCGAUCCUUCCCCACAGUUUCCUCCUUUUCGAAACUCGAGCCCAUUGUCUCCCUCAAAUCGCCAUCCUCUGCUCCCACCUCCUCUCUGCAACUUUUCCCAUCUCCAAUCACAUUGCGCCACGCUUCGUCUCCCACCACACAGCGACCGAUUCUCACCGCAACCCCACUGCACAUCAGUGUACCCAAUUCUCUCCCAUUGACCCAGUGCAAAACUUUCGAUUUCCAAGUGUCUCUGUCGAUCUUUCCCCACUUCCAAUCUUGAAAUCCGUCUUAUAAACCCAGGGGAAGGGCUGAAUUUGAAAACCCACUUGCGGAAUUGGAAGUUUCUCGCCAUCGAUUUCCAUUUCUUUUUCUUUUGUCUGAGCAUCGAAUGCGAACAAGUUGCCACACAGCGACAAUUUCGAAUCGUAUCGCUAUCCUACGACUUCUUUGUAUUGGCGGACAGGAAUCCUCGAUCCUCGGUGUUCGAGCUGAAGAAACAGUCGGGAUUUCACUCUGCGGUGGAAGUUCUUAAAGAUUCAAGGGUUAUUGUGAAAAUUGUGGUCUCUGGUUUCUUUGAAAUCAUGUUGGUAAUGAAUGUGAUGAGCUCCAAGAGACAAAGGCGUCCAAAUGUUAGGCUAGGGGAAAUAGGGGACAUAUCUGCAGCUUGGGCUUGUGGAUUUUCUCAGGGGACAAGAGAAAGGUUAGCUCAUAGAGAGUGGAAGAAUGAUUUUGUCCAAACUGUGGGUGAUGAAGAAAACCCCAUUGUUUAUGGAGAUUUUAAGCCAUCUUCUCCCAAGUUCACAGUCUCUGAGUUGGGUGUGUCUCCUCAAAUUUCAACAGAGUUGCAGCAGAAUGGAGAGAACAACAACCCCAACUCUUCAGAAUUGGCUUUGGAACAGCCAACUUCAGCUGAGUUAAUUGACAUGACCAAAUCCAAACUGAAGUUUAGUGAUGUGACUAGGAAGUGCAGGGAUAUGAAGCGUCGGGGACGCAGCAAAAACACAAGCUAUGCCAUUCUUGGUGGCAGUUGGAGCUCAAAACACAGCUCUGAUGACUUAUCAGUAGAUGAGAAAGAAUGUGAGGGAACAGGUAACUCUGCUAAUGGUUUCGGUGACUUCUCUGAUCACCAAAUACCAUCCACAAGCAAAGAGGAAUAUGGCAUCGAUCAACCAUCAAUGCGUCGAGGGCGCAAGUUGAACAGCAAUGCUCGAGUCGGUGGUGAGAAAGCACAAGAUAAACCUGGCAAUGAAGAGGACGAUACAAAUGCUGUUGGUAGAUGGUUGGAGGAGGUUGGAUUUGGCAGGUACGCUGGUGUAUUUGAGAUGCACGAAGUCGACGAGGAGGCUUUGCCGCUGCUGACCAUCGAAGAUCUCAAAGAGAUUGGCGUAUUGUCGGUUGGGGCUAGAAGGAAGUUGUACAAUGCAAUCCAACAAUUCCGAGGAGGAGGAGAAGAAGCUGUUUGAAAAUUUAGAAAGAUAAAUGUGGAGAGAAUCACUGGCACACUUGUUAAGCUCUCUUUUGUUUGUGCAGGAAAAAGCCAUGGAUGGGAUGUACAUAUACCUUCAACAUCUUUUUAUGUUGGGUAGCUGUGUGAAUACAAAAACCUGCUUUUGGGUGUAAAUUUGAUGAUGGCUUCAUUUUGAAGAAAAAUAUGUUUUAUGUUUUUAUCAGUUUAGUUUCCUUGUUGAGAAUGAACCUCUUUUGUUCUGCA